AGGCAGACUGACAGUAUGGCGGCGGGUUGCAGCUGGAAGGAUGCUACUGUCGCCCGUGAUGUGUCUAUCGCCGGCAGGACGUAAAUGGACUAUUGACGGCAAAAAGAGAAGAGGAUUCAGCUAUAAAGGCCUGUCGCCGUGAGCUCCAAAGAUGGCCAGGCUCGCCGACUACUUUUUAGUGGUCGGUUACGACCUCGACAAGCGAGUGGAGGGUGAAGGUCAAGGUCGCAUUCUCCAGCGGUUUCCUGAGAAAGACUGGGAGGACAGCCCGUUCCCACAAGGCAUAGAGCUGUUUUGUCAGCCCAGCGGUUGGCAGCUGGUUCCUAAACGGCAGCCUACCUCCUUCUUUGUAGCGGUUUUGACUGACAUCGACUCGGAACGUCACUACUGUGCCUGCUUCACCUUCUGGGAGGGCCUGGACAACCCGCAGCUGCAGAAGGCUGAGGCCAGUGAGGUGGACGAGGAGCCGGCCGUCGUCCAAUCAGCUCAGGUCUUUGCCCCCAAGAGCCUGGUGCUGGUGUCCCGACUGGACUACACCGAGGUGUUCAGGAACUGUCUGGGUCUGAUCUACACCGUCCAUGUAGAUGGCCUGUCUGUCCCACUGGAAACGGUGAUUGGAAAUCUCCUCACUUGUGUCAUCCCCAUCGCUGGAGGCUCCCAGAUAAAUGAGUCCCCAGUUUGUAGUUUAGACAAGGUUCCUCAGGCCCUGGCCUGUGACUGGCUGCUGGCCUGUCUCCAGCCUGGCCAGGAGGAGAGAGAGGAGAGUUUGAGGACUAUAACGUUAGGUGCUGGCGACCGGCAAGUUAUCCAGACUCCCAUCGAUGACUCGCUUCCUGUCAGUGGCAGCAGCGUGGCCCAGCUCUUCAGACAACUUGGUAUAGUCAACGUGUUGUAUCUGUUCUGUGCCGCCCUGACGGAACAUAAGAUCCUGUUCCUGUCCAGCAGCUACCAGAGACUAACAGACGCCUGCCGGGGAUUGCUGGCCAUCAUGUUCCCCCUCAAAUACAGCUUCACGUACGUUCCCAUCCUGCCGGGGAAACUACUAGAGGUCCUGAGCACUCCCACCCCCUUCAUCAUCGGUGUCAAUUCAUUCUUUCGCUCGGAGACACAGGAAUUGUUGGAUGUGAUCAUCGCUGACCUGGACGGUGGCACAGUGACCAUCCCCGAGUGUGUUCACAUCUCCCUGCUGCCUGAACCACUCCUCCAGCAGACCCAGACUGUGCUCUCCAUGAUUUUGGAUCCAGAGCUUGAAGUAGCUGAUCAUGCCUUUUCCCCACUCUCCACGCAAGCCUCCGCACCAAAGAUCCAGGAUAAGGAGAUCCGCGGAGUCUUCCUGUGGCUGUUCGCCCGGCUCUUCCAGGGCUAUCGCUGGUGUUUACACAUCAUCCGCAUUCAUCCAGAACCAGUGAUCCGCUUCCAUAAGGCUGCCUUCCUGGGUCAGAGGGCGCUGACAGAGGACGACUUCCUCAUGAAGGUGUUGGAUGGCAUGGCGUUUGCAGGCUUCGUGUCAGAGAGAGGGCCUCCUUACAGAGCCACUGACCUGUUUGAUGAACUGGUAGCCAAUCAGGUGGAGCGGAUACGACAAGAGGAAGCCUGUCCACACAAAGUCAUGAACCACGUCAAGGAGCUGGCUGAGCAGCUCUUCAAAAAUGAGAAUCCUUACCCCGCCGUGGCAAUGCACAAAGUCCAGCGACCGUCAGAAAACAGCCAAAGCACUGCACAGAAUCAGACGCCCUUCCCUGCGCUGGAUGACGUUGCAGUGCAGCUCUUCAUCGACCACGCUGCCGCCAAGCUCAAGACUGCGCCUCCCGUGGUCAAGGCGGAGCUCAAGGGCAUGGUGCCAUCUGGGCCCCCACUGGGAGACAUCGUGGACAGGAAUGGCAACGUGAUGGCUAACAGUGCCCGCAGGCUGGAGGUGGUCAGGAACUGCAUCACAUACAUCUUUGAGAAUAAGAUGCUGGAGGCCAAGAAGUUAAUGCCAGCUGUACUGCGGGCUUUGAAGGGUCGGGCAGCCCGGGUUUGUUUGACCCAGGAGCUCAAUCAGCACGUCCUACAGAACCGAGCUGUGCUGGAUGACCAGCAGUUUGACUACAUUGUCCGAAUGAUGAACUGCACCUUACAGGACUGCUCGCAUAUAGAUGAACACGGUAUUGCAGCUGCCCUCCUUCCACUGGUCACAGCCUUCUGCCGAAAACUGGGCGCAGGCAUCACUCAGUUUGCCUACAGCUGCGUACAGGAGCACAUGGUGUGGACCACCAUGCAGUUCUGGGAGGCCAUGUUCUACAGCGACGUCCAGAACCACAUCAGAGCUCUAUACCUAGAGACAGAAGAGGGAGAGCAGCAGAACAGCUCUGAGCAGCAGGACGGGUCAGGCAGUGGGAGGGAAAUCAGCGCCCUGGAGCUGGCAUCAGAGCAGAACCGGCUUUGGGUGACGCUCAGCAAGGAAAUGCAGGCGGAGCGCGUGCAGAAGGAGGAGAGCACGGUGUUCAGCCAGGCCAUCCACUACGCCAACAGGAUGAGCUAUCUGCUGCUGCCGCUGGACACCAGCAAGAACCGCCUGCUGAGGAGCACUGGCCUUGGAGACGUGGAGAGCGUCAGCAACAGCUACGUCACAAACAGUAUUGCAGGCAGCAUGGCGGAGAGCUACGACACAGAGAGCGGCUUCGAGGAUGCUGAGAGCUCGGAUGUGGCUAACUCUGUGGUGCGCUUUAUUAACCGCUUCGUAGACAAAGUGUGUAAUGAGAGCGGCGUGACCAACGAGCACCUUAAGGCUCUCCACACCAUGAUACCAGAUAUUGUUCAGAUGCACAUUGAGACGUUAGAUGCAGUCCACAGGGAGAGUAAGAGACUGCCUCCGAUCCAAAAGCCCAAGCUGCUGAGGCCGACGCUGUUGCCUGGUGAGGAGCUGGUGAUGGAGGGCAUGCGGGUCCACCUGAUCCCUGACGGCCGCGAGGAGGCCACAGGGCUGAUGGGAGGUCCGCCUCUGCUCCCUGCCGAGGGCGCCAUCUUCCUCACCAACUACCGGCUCAUCUUCAAGGGCACGCCCAACGACCCACUGGUGGGUGAGCAGGUGGUGACUCGCUCGUUCCCCAUCGCCUCUCUGACCAAGGAGAAGAGAAUCUCAGUCACUUUACCCAUGGACCAGUUUGUCCAGGAAGGGCUACAGCUACGGUCCUGCACCUUCCAGCUGAUAAAGAUUGCGUUUGACGAGGAGGUCGCAUCAGACCUGGCUGAGGUUUUCAGGAAGCACAUGCACAAGCUGCGCUAUCCUCAGCACGUCCAGGGCACCUUCGCCUUCACUGUGGGUCAGUGUGGGAAGAUGGUGGUGGAGCACAAGACCAAGGACAAGAACCAGUCGCUCAAGACACUUUCCAAAAAUCUGGUGAAGAGCGCCAAGAGGACCAUCGGCCGGCAGUAUGUGACCAGGAAGAAAUAUUCUCCCCCCACCUGGGAGAACAGGAGCAGCUUCCAGUCAGAGCUAGAUGAGGAUGAAAUCUCAGUUUCAGAGGAAGUGGACCAGAGCUCCCUUACCCUGUCCUCCACCAUCCGCUCAUCUGACAGACAGACCAUGAGUAACGUUGUGGAGCGUGCCUGUUGUCGUGACUACCAGCGCCUAGGUCUGGGCACGCUCAGUAACAGCCUGACACGUUCUAAAAACGAGCCUUUCAGGAUUUCGACUGUCAACCGCAUGUACACUGUCUGCAGGAGCUAUCCCGGCCUGCUGAUUGUGCCUCAGAGCAUCCCAGACACGACCAUCCACAGAAUCUGCCGCUGCUACCGGCAGAAUCGCUUCCCUGUGGUUUGCUGGAGGAAUUCACGAACCAAGGCCGUCCUGCUGAGGUCUGCGGGCCUCCACGCAAAGGGGGUGGUGGGCUUCUUCAAGUCCCCUAACGCCCCUGCUUCAGUGCCCUCCCAGGCAGACUCCACCAGUCUGGAGCAGGAGAAAUACCUGCAGGCCAUCAUCAGCUCCAUGCCUUCUUACAGUGAGAGCAGCGGCAGGAACACGCUCAGUGGCUUCACCUCCACACAUAUGAGCACCUCCGACUCCUCAGAUAAGCUGAGGCAGCCCAAGAUCGGCGCACUGAUGAAGCAGGUGAUGGGUACCAAGGAGGAUGUUCCUGGAACCUUCAGCAGAGGAGCUCUGGGUCAAAGGGCGAAAGUCAUCUCCCUCUCUCAGCCCAAAGUGUCUGGCAAGGCCAGGAACCCUACUAGAGGUAAAUGGGGCAGUAUCCGGGGCAGCGGGCGUCUAAGUGCCUACAACCCAGACGUGGGGACGCGUCUGGCAGGGAAAGAGUCUCCGCAGCCCAACGGGGGGCUGAGCGAGGCGCUGUUCCUCCGCCAGCAGAAGGCCUACCUCUACAUCAUCGGAGACAAGGCCCAGCUCAAAGGAGGGAAGCAGGACUCGUUCCAGCAGUGGGAGGUGGUUCCCAUCGAGGUGUGUGACGUGCGGCAAGUGAAGAACAGUUUCAAGAAGCUGAUGAAGGCCUGCGUGCCGAGCUCCCCGACCUCUGACCACAACAUGACCUUCCUGCGCUGCCUCGAGGAGUCCGAGUGGAUGGCUCUGCUACACAGGGUGCUGCAGGUGUCUGUCCUGGUGGUGGAGCUUCUGGAUACGGGCUCGUCGGUCAUGGUCAGCCUGGAGGACGGCUGGGACGUCACCACUCAGGUGGUGUCCCUGGUGCAGCUGCUGUCCGAUCCGUACUACCGAACCUUUGACGGCUUCCGGCUGCUGGUGGAGAAGGAGUGGCUGUCGUUUGGCCACAGAUUCAGCCACCGCGGAGCACAGACGCUGGGCAGCCAGAGCAGCGGCUUCACCCCCGUCUUCCUGCAGUUCCUCGACUGUGUACACCAGAUCCACCUCCAGUUCCCCAUGGAGUUUGAGUUCAGUCAGUACUACCUGAAGUUCUUGGCCUACCACUACGUGUCCAACCGCUUCCGCACCUUCCUGCUCGACUCUGACUACGAACGCAUAGAGCUGGGAGUGCUGUAUGAGGAGAAAGGCGAGAGGAAAAGUCCUCAGGUGUGCAAGUCUGUGUGGGACUACAUUGACAGACUCAACAAGAAAACACCCAUCUUCUACAACUACAUGUUCUCUCCCGAAGACGAGGAGGUGCUGCGGCCAUACACCUUCAUCUCCAACCUGAAGGUAUGGGAGUUCUACAUGGAGGAGACUCUGUCAGAGGGGCCCUCCUACGACUGGGAGCUGAGGGGCCGCCAGGAGCGCGUGGCGGAGGAGACGCCAGAGAAACCCGACACGAGCGGCCCUAAAUCGCAGCGAUGCAUUGUGUGGCCGUGCUACGACAGCCUGAGCAAGGUGGUGCCCGACGCCAUCACCAAGCUGCUGCAGGACCUGCAGAGUCUGGAGGCCGAGCUCGGACAGACGUCAGAGAAGUGGAAGGACACGUGGGACAAAAUCAAGACCACGCAGAGAUCUGAGGCCAAACUGGAAAGCAAGCCGUCGUUCUCCAGCUCCUUGCUGAUGUCGUCCAACCUGAGCCACCAGCGGCGUUCCCAGGGCGUCUACCUGCAGGAGAGCGGUGUGGGAUCCUCCAUCAACCUGGCUCUGGACUGUGAGGCCAGCGCCACCUCCACGCCUGUCGCAGGCCGGCCCAGCACCAGCACGCUCUACAGCCAGUUCCAGAGCACCGAGAGCGAGAACAGGAGUUUCGAAGGCAUCCUGUUUAAGAAAGGGGCAUUGUUGAAACCAUGGAAACCACGGUGGUUUGUGCUGGACAAGACCAAACACCAGCUGAGAUACUACGAGAGCAGGCAGGACAAGGAGUGUAAAGGGGUGAUCGAGCUGGCCGACGUGGAGUCUGUCAUUCCAGGAACGCCUGCCAUGGGAGCGCCGAAGAACAUUGAGGAGAAAGCCUUCUUUGAUCUCAAGACGACCAAACGAGUGUACAACUUCUGUGCCCAGGACAGCAUGAACGCACAGCUGUGGAUGGACAGUGUUCAGAGCUGCCUGUCAGACGCCUAGAGAGGAGGCAGGACUCUUUAAGGAGCAAUGCAACAAGGAACGAAUGAGCAGUAUUGUGGCACCUGACGGACAUCUCUGCCAACCAAUCCCAGCGGAAGGGGAAGGGGCCUUUCACCACUUAAGCUCUGUUCUGUUCGCUAGUGUUGAACUAACAACGUUGGGUCACAACGUUUCAGUGUUUUUGUUAUAAAAAUAAGAAAAAGAAAAAAACAUAAAUACCCCUGAAGAACCACUCGCUGUCUCGUCACCAAGUAGCUGCAGCCUCUCACUUCCCCGACAGUCUGACCACUAUGUGCGCUGGAUGUCUGUAUGCACAAAAACAAUGCAUAUUAAAGUACGCUGUUGCAUUUCUGUGAGGCAUCCUGCAGCUUAGACCAGCAUGAAGAUCUUUCCAGACCCUCCACCUGUAAACCACAACCCGCUCUCCCUCCUACUGACCCCACUCGCCCUUUAAGACGCUCCGGGGAGGAAUGACGGAGGAGCUGCAGUUGCCUUUCGGCCCAGCUACGUACAGGACUCGCUAGACUGCGACCGGAGAAGGACCUAAAUGAUGUGUGAGGUGUGUUGACGGACCAAAACGACCCUGAGGAACACACGUGCUGACAGCUAACGCCCUUCCUUCCGGUCCUCAGAGGUCUCCGCUCUCUUUGCCUCUCACUGCCUGAUGUAUACCCAUUCGCAGUAUAUUUAGAGGAAGUUGACUGUCGCUGCAGCUUCAAGGGGUGGGGGGGUGCUUUUCAACAGUUCAUGAAGGAUUUCCAUAUCGUUUUUUCUUUUCCAAAAUCUCAAAUUUGUACCAGAAAGAGAUCAAUGCUCAUCACCUGUCCUCAGCAGGUGGCGACGGUAUACUGUGAAAGCCAUGAAUCAGUCGUAGAGAUCAAACCAGGACAGAGUCGAAGAUUGGAGUCUGUCAGGUAUUGAGUGUGUCUGUGAACUUUCACUGAGCGUGUUUACAAAGUAGACAAAACUUUCCUCACUAAGCUAAACUCUGCUCUUCACCUGUGUUUUUAAUCAGUUACAACCACUAUUAACAUUCAGACUUUUAAGGGAUGCUGAAGGAAAAGGAGGGAUUUAUUUUGUAGUGAUGUGUUAAAACAAUCUAUAGAGGGAGAUCUGGAAGGUAGGAGAUUAAGAGGUGGGAUACUAAUGAGAACACAGUGACAUUAUGGGAUGCUUAGGAGAGACUACAGUUUUUAGAGAUGGACAUUGAAGUGUUGGAAACUGGAUGGUUGCUAAAGGAAAAUGUUGGUGUUUUUCAACCUAGGUCUUAUUCUCCUAAUUGUGUCCAUUAAGGCCCACUGUGACCCACGCUAAAUUUGCACUCACCACCUCUGUUGUUCGAGUCAGAAAAUGCAGCUCCAGCAAACAACAGAGUUAUAUACAGUUUACAAUUUAAAUACAGAAAUCGUUUCCCAAGUCCGACUGAAAGGGGAAACAGAAAUUAGCCCUCUAGAUUAGCUACUGUAGCUAACUGCAAGCUACUUUGGUAAACCAGGGCAACCAGCUGGCUUGCAAAACUGGCUGUAUGGUUAGCCAACUAGCAUACUACCUAAUGAUCUGCAGAAAUACUAUAACAUUUAUUUGUUAUCGUUACAUAUACAGCAAGAUUCUACAAAAAUGCUUAGAUGGAAUUUCCUUAUAAGACAACAGACCUCUCGUUUACUUCUCUAGCGUGUACACACGCUACAUCGACAGCAACAACCUGGUGUGUGCAAACGAACAGGCAGCUGUUUGGUUAGCGGCUGGUUGCCCUGGAAGUACAUCCCUGUGCAGUUAGCCACAAAAGCUAAUCCAGGGCGCUCCGUUCUGUUUUUACUUGAAAUGAUUUAUGUAAAAUUGAAGUUCAUUUGGAAAGCUGUAGGAGGCUCACACCGCUCACCCUGAUGUAUCAAUGCUGUCUUGGAAAAACCAUCUCCGAAACAUCAGCUUUUCAACUCUAAGAAAAACAACCUUUAAAAUGUUUUAUUUUGUUUAAUAUGUAGGAGAAUUUUGUCAACCCAUAAAGGAACACGUAAUCUUACAUUUUUUCUUAAAAAUUCAAAAUAACACAUUUUUGAAAUACAUGGUUUUUCUUUGAACAGCAAUGAUAUGUUUUGCUGUAGUCGUGUUUCUCAAAUUGUUACAAACGAAGGUGGCGAGUGCAAAUUUAGUAUGUCAGGAUAGCCACAGUUAUGGAAAGAAGAGGUUGAAAAAUGCCUGAAUUUUCCUUUCAUGAUGCUGCGGCAGGGAAAGUCACCCCAACGUGUGAGUGCUGGUCCCAUAUAUACACGGUCCCAUCACAUUCACUUGUACUCAGUGUUUCGGAUAUGAAUCUGAUGCUGUUCAGACUCACUGUACCUGUUUCAGAUGCACCAACGGUCCACAUGUGUGCCGGUGUUUAAGUUUAGCGCCCGUUACCUUCAGUGCUGAAGCGUGUACACAGACGAGUCUACAUCUGUUAGAGUUCUAGAGAAACAGUAGGUGUAGCUGGAAGGUUUCAGACAUCAAGUCACGUUUUUUAAUGUCAAAGCUUUGACAGACUGCCCCCCACCCCCACCUCGAUUCACCCCUGUCCUCCACACACAGACCACUCUGACCCACACCUGUUAACACAAACCCUGCUAUGUAAAAUACAGUUCUACUGCUGUCUCUGUUGAACAUAAAAUUUGAAAUUGUAGAUUUUUUUUUUGUGUCUAAUAACUCCUUUGUAUAUACUACUCCAGAUUUGUAUGUAACGUUUAUGGUAGUAAUUUAUUUAACUUGUCUCCUCAGUAAGAAAGUUCCUCAAGCACCACUUUAUUUUUAAAUUAGGAAUUCAAUGUGCCAUUUGUUUAUUUCUGUAUUAAUGUGACUAAUGCUUUUGUUUUUUGGAAAAUGUAAACCCUCAAUGUCUUUUUUUUUUUUGUUGGUAAACAUGUUGUCCUUACGCAAUGCCAACCGUUAAUGCAAGAGUGGAAAUGGUGUGUUAGUGGAAGAGGAAGCCUCUGGGCUGGUUUUUAAAGGCUGGUUGGAUUUUACUGUGUUGCUCAACCGCAGUGGUGGAUCUGCGCAUACCACAUCUGGACGUAGGUUACGGUCACAAUAAAUCUCACACAUGAAGUCUUGCUGGUGCUGGGUUCUGCUGACUGGCCUGCUGCUAGCUUAAUGCCCCCUUUUUGUGUUCAUUAAAUAGUCAGUGACGAGAUGGGACGCUGAACAAGUUGCCUAAAAGCUCUGUAUGUCCUGAGUUUAGUGUCUAUAGUUAACUGGAGGAUAUUUGCAAGUUCAGUUAAGAUGCCAAACAUACUAAUAUUAUAUAAUAUAGUAAUAUUGAUGAAUUAUGUUUAUAAACUGUAAAGAGUAACUUUAAGGGCUGUAAAGCAAGGUUUCAAUGCCCUCUCUGACUGAAAGUUUCAAGUGCUGCACCUGUAACCACACCCAACAGUGACGUCACAGCGUCCUGAUGCACCCUGGAGUACACUUCUAUGUCACAUCUGCAGCAAGGUGGGACGUAGGGCUGCAAUUAACGAUUAUUAUCUCAGUCAGUUUGUUUGGAGUCCGAGGUGACGUCUUCACGAGCCUUGUUUUAUCUGACCAACAGUCCAAAACUCAAAGAUAUUCAAUUUACUAUCAUAUGAAGACAAAGAAAACCAGAAACUAUUGACAUUUGAGAGGCUGGAACUAGAGACUGUUUUGCUUGCAAGUGGUUUAAGCGAUUAUAAUCGAUUAGCAACAGAUCAGCAAAGUUGCUUUUUAAGCUCAGUGGAAAGAAACCUUGCUAUUCCCUGACAGUAGCUGCCUGAUCCAUUGUGUUAAUAAGCAUGAUAAUAAUGGUAAAAACAACGUCUAUAGCUGAAGUAUCUGUGUAGCUUCCUGUGGCAUUUUAACUGCCAUCACACCAACAGAUACCGUGAGAGACUGAAUCGCAGCUGUGUUGGUUUUUAGAGCCUUCAGCAUCCAUAACCAGUUUGCUGGAGGCCUGGUGACCAAGAAAGCUCAAGUACACAGCCCACAUCAUGAUCAUACAUCGUUAAGUUUCAGGUGACCUUGCGCAUCUUAAAAUAAUCUUCCCCUGAGGAACAGAUGGACCAAAGUGACAGCAGGAAUCGCUGCAGCAGCCAGAACCCGCCUGAGGCAAGACUCUGUGUUUCCUUGUGUUUUGGCUGCAGUCUACAUCCAGUCAGACCCAGCUCAUCUUUUCACUCUAGUUUACUCAAAUCUCCGUGGUAACGCUCUGCAUCAGACAACAGCUACAUUAACCACAACAACAUUAUCCUUUUAUUUAUUUUUGUUCUUUUUUUAAAAUUAGAAAUGACUUUCUGAGCCGGGUUAUGUUGUCAAUCAUGUCAAUAUAGUUUUUUGGAAUCCAAAUAAAAACUGGGGGUUUAAAUGUU